AUGAAUGGUGCGGAUGUUAAUGGAGUUGCUAAUCGUCGUGGAUUCUACCAGGAUAUGGUGGACGAAGGCAUUAAGCCGGAGAAGACCGCCGCGCCAGGGUUGUCAGCGUUGGCCGUUGUCAGACCUCUUUACCAACAGGAGGAGCUGAACGAAGAGAUGCAAUACAGCGUUCCCGAGCGGCAGCUGGUUCGGGAUGCGUUGAACAGCGUCAAAGGGUGGAGUGCAAAGCGAUGUGCCAAGAGUGUGUUUCCGAUUUUCGUGUGGCUAUCGCAGUACUCGUGGAAACGGGACAUCGUGUCGGAUCUGAUCAGUGGCUGUGCGGUGGCAAUGAUGCAAAUUCCCCAGGGCAUGGGGUACGCCUUUCUGGCCAAUGUGCCUCCGAUUGUGGGAAUCUAUACAUCAUUCUUUCCAGUGUUGGUGUACUUUGUGCUGGGAACUUCGAGGCAUAACUCGAUGGGGACGUUUGCCGUAGUGGCGAUGGUGGUGGGCAAAAUUGUGAUGAAGAAAUCAAGUGUAGAUGUGAGUCCGAUGCAGGUUACGACAACCGUUUCCUUUAUUGUUGGGAUUAUGCAGCUGAUCUUGUAUGUAGGUCGGCUGGGAGCCAUUUCGUUCCUGCUGUCGGAAAGUUUAGCCUCCGGAUUCACCACGGGUGCCGCCAUUCACGUGCUCACAUCGCAGAUCAAACAUCUCCUCGGGCUUUCGUUGCCUCCUCAGGGUGGAGCUUUUGAAGUGAUAAACACUUACAUUGCCAUAUUUAAGGACAUUUCCAGCGUCAACUGGGCGACCAUCGUGGUAUCGGCCAUUACCGUUGUGGUAGUGGUGAUAAACAACGAAUACUUGCAGUCUAUUGUCGCCAAGCGAAGCAGCAUUCCCGUUCCGAUCGAGCUGAUUGCGGUCAUCGGUGGGACCUUGAUUUCGAAUCAUAUGGAUCUUCGCGUGCAGUAUUCGAUCAAGACGAUCGGUAACAUUACAGCGGGAUUUCCGGAACCCGUCCUACCGGACAUCUCGCUGAUGCAAUCGGUCCUGCUCGAAAGCUUCCCGAUUGCCAUGGUCGCGUACGCCGUGUCCGUCUCGAUGGCCCGCAUUUUUGCCCAGAAGGAAAACUACGAAAUCGACUUGAACCAGGAACUGCUGGCCAUGGGCACCGGCAACGUGUUCGGAUCGGUUUUCUCCUGUAUGCCCUUCUCGUCGUCCCUGUCCCGUUCGAUGAUCCAGUACACGUCGGGUGGCAAAACGCAAAUCGCCUCGGUAGUUUCCUGCGCCAUUUUGGCCAUUGUACUGCUUUGGGUGGGACCGUACUUCGAGUCACUGCCGCGGUGCGUCCUGGCUGGGAUCAUUGUGGUCUCGCUGAAGGGACUGCUCAUGCAGCUCGCGCAUUUCCGACAGUUCUGGCGACUCAGCACCGUGGAUGCCAUCGUUUGGAUGGGAACGUUCCUGACGGUGGUCUUGGUGGCCAUUGAUAUCGGGCUGCUUGUCGGAAUGGUGCUCAGCAUUUGCAGUAUCAUCUUCCGCGGUAUGAAGCCGUAUACAUGCCUGAUGGAGAACGUACCCAAUACGGAUCUGUAUUUGGAUGUUAAUCACUACAAAGGCACAAUCGACAUUUCCGAGGUGAAAAUCUUCCGUUUUUGCGGCAGUAUGAACUUCGUCACCAAGGCCGGAUUCAGGGCGAGUUUGUGCGAAGCGUUGAAGCUGAAUCUCACCAAGGAAAUCAAAAAAUCCAAACGGAAGGACUACAAAAAGCAGUUCAGCUUCAGGUUUCUGGUGCUGGAUUUUACGGCCUUGAGUAGCAUCGAUCGAUCGGCGGUGUCAGCGCUGAAGGCUUUGAUCACGGAGUUCGGUAAGCUUUCGGUGAAGGUUCUGGUGGCCGGAUCAUCCUGCCCGGUGUAUGAGAGGAUGGUCCGGUGUAAUCUGGUCGGUUCUGAAGAUCAUCUAAACUGUAAGAUCUUCCCAACGGUUCACGACGCGGUACUCUGGGCUAGAGAGACGUUGGCGAACGACUCCGUGAAUCUGAAUAUUGUGGAAUCGGAGGAAGUGUAAGACGCGACUGAUGGUAGGUGCAUUUGUUAGUUG